AAUUUUAAUUUUUAUAUAUAUUUGACUGAAGAGAAAGCAGAGUGUGUUCCUUAAAAGCAAUGUCACAAUAUUGAAAGUUUAAACCUGAAGCCAGCUACCUCUCAACAACCACCACGAUCUUGAAGACGCAAAAAAGUAAAAGGCUUCUUUUUCUGUUGUGUGGGUUUUCUGCUUUCUGAGAUGGCAGAUGAGCCUUUUCUCUCCCCCCAAUCAAAACCCGAAUUUCGGCACAUCCUUGAUGGCUCUCAUCAUGGCUUUUAUCUCACAAUCCCACAGUCAAUCUCAACACCAGCCCUCUUGCAAUCUGAAAUCGAGGACCACCCGCAGAUUCAACCCCCUCCCCGUUUUGAUUAUCCUGUUCCUAGUACAGGGUCAAAGAAGCCCGGUUCUCUCAAGCGAUGUAAAACGGCUCCGGCCAUGGCUGUCAUGCGUGAUUUGAAGCCCAAAACACCCCAAGUGCCUAAACCUCAAUCCGAGUCCAGCUCCAUUAUCAGGCAAGCUGUUUUCUUGCUUUCCAUUUACUUAAUUCUCGGUGUUGUUAUUUAUUCGUUUAACAGAGAUGAAUUCUCGGGUAUCGAGACUCACCCGGUUGUUGAUGCUCUCUACUUCUGUAUAGUCACUAUGUGCACCAUUGGUUAUGGUGAUAUAGCUCCUUUAACCCCAGCUACCAAGAUUUUUGCUUGUGUGUUUGUGUUGGUGGGUUUUGGUUUUAUUGAUAUAUUGUUGAGUGGGGUUGUGAAUUAUGUCCUCGACCUGCAAGAGAACAUGAUAUUAACUGGGAUUCAGAUGGAGAAAUCACAACAAGGGUUUUCAGCUAGGGAUUACAUUGUUGAUGUGGACAAAGGAAGGAUGAGGAUUAGGCUUAAAGUCGGUUUGGCACUUGGGGUUGUGGUGUUGUGUAUUGGGAUCGGAUCUCUGAUUUUGUACUUUGUGGAGAGCUUGGACUGGGUUGAUUCUAUUUACUUGUCUGUUAUGUCUGUUACCACAGUUGGAUAUGGGGACAGGGCCUUUAAGACUCUGCCUGGACGCUUGUUUGCUGGUGUUUGGCUCUUGAUUUCGACGCUGGCCGUCGCUAGAGCUUUCCUGUAUUUGGCUGAAGCAAGGGUUAACAAGCGGCAUAGGAGGAUUGCCAAGUGGGUACUACAUAGGGAUAUCACUAUUGAGGAUUUGCUAGCUGCUGACAUAAACAACAAUGGUUUUAUCAGUAAAUCGGAGUAUGUCAUUUACAAGCUCAAAGAAAUGGGGAAGGUUGGGGAGAAGGAUAUAUUGCAGAUAUGCAAUCAGUUCAGCAAGCUUGAUACAAAUAACUCUGGGAAAAUCACUCUUCCUGAUCUCUUAAAAUAUCAAAUGUGAUAUUCAACAGACCAAGUGAACUAUAUUCAUUUGUCUAGAGAUUCUCUAGACUUGUUCUUGGAAAAGGGCAUUUGCAUGGGGGAGUUGUACAUUCAUUCAGGUUAGAAAUCCCAAUUUUUUUACUUUUAUAUUGUGAUAUAUAAAAAGGAAAUGGAAUCAGAAAAGAGAGAAAGGGCAACGAGAUGCUUCUGAUCUCAUUCAUAUUUGAAUUGUAAAUUCUUUGUUGCCUAUGUAUUCAUCAUCCCCACUUUUGAAAUAUAUAUAAUGAAAAGUAAAUACAUAUUCGUA